AUGGCCCGGCGCCAGCCGGCCUUGGUGCUGUUGCCUCUGAUGCUCCUGGCGCGGACAACAGCUGUCCAGCUUUCCCCCGACUACCAGUACUUCGGCGACAAGGGAGAAGGUGACACCUGGGAGCUGCUGCGGCAGCAACAUCAAAAGGUCUUGGAGGAUUCGAUCCUAGGCCCCUGGGGAAAGUGGCACUGUUUCUGCAACCUGGGCAAACAAGAACGCAGCCGUGAGGUGCUGGGCACAGCUCCAGAUCCCAUGGUGUUCAUGGAUCGAGAGAACCUGGUCCAGACGAGGCCCUGCAGGCAAAGGGAUUGUCCAUCCUGCAAGCCAAUCGACUGCAACUGGAGGCCCUGAACCCAGGUGAGAGACUGGC